AUGGGUGCUGCCUUUGCAAGGAGUGCUGCCUUCGCAAGGAGUGCCUUCGCAAGGAGUGCUGCCUUCGCAACGAGGGCUGCUUUUGUAGGGUGUGCUGUCUUUGCAAGUGGUUUUGCCUUCACCAGGAGUGCUGCCUUUGCAAAAAGUGCUGCCUUCGCAAGGAGAAAUACCUUCGCAAGGAGUGCUGCCUUCGCAAUGAGGGCUGCCUUCGCUAGGAGUGCUGCCUUCGCAAGGAGUGCUGCCUUCAGUGCUGCCUUCGCAAGGAGUGCUGCCUUCGCAAGGAGUGCUGCCUUCGCAAGGAGUGCAGCCUUCGCAAGGACUGCUGCCUUCGCAAGGAGUGCUGCCUUCCCAAGGAGUGCUGCCUUAGGACAGAGUGCUGCCUUCGCUAGGAGUGCUGCCUUCGUACGGAGUGCAGCCUUCGCAAGGAGUGCUGCCUUUGCACAGAUUGCUGCCUUCGCACAGAGUGCAGCCUACGCACAGAGUGCUGCCUUCGCAAGAAGUGCUGCCUUCGCAGGGAGUGCUGCCUUCGCAUGGGGUGGCGCCUUCGCAAGGAGUGCUGCCUUCGCAGGGAGUUUUGCCUUUGCAAGGAGUGUUGCCUUCGCAAGGAGUGCUGCAUUCACAAGGAGUGCUGCCUUCGCAAGGACUGCUGCCUUCGCAAGGAGUGUUGCCUUCGCAAGUAGUACUGCUUUCGCAAGGAGUGCUGCCUUCGCAAGGAGUGCUGCCUUCCAAGGAGUGCUGCCUUCGCUAGAAGUGCUGCCUUCACACGGAGGGCUGCCUUCGCAAGGGGGAGUGCUGCCUUCGCACAGAGUGCUGCCUUCGCACGGAGUGCUGCCUUCGCAGGGAGUGCUGCCCUUGCUCAGAGUGCUGCCUUUGCAAGGAGUGCUGCCUUCGCAAGGAGUGCUGCCUUUGCAGAGGGUGCUGCCUUCGCAAGGAGUGCCGCCUUCACAAGGAGUGCUGCCUUCGCUAGUAGUGCUGCCUUCGCAGGGAGUGCUGGUUCUCUUCAUCUCUAAAAACGUGCUGUGUCCCAAGUCAGCUAAGAGUUUGCAAAUCGUGCCAUCUCUGCAAAUUCUGCUGUCUCUGCAAUGCAUGCUAUCUUUGAAACGUGUGCUGUCUUUGGAAGGCGUGCUGUCUUUGCAAGAUGUGCUGCCUUCGCAAGCAGUGCUGCCUUCACAUGGCAUGCUGCCCUACAAGGCAUGA